CCUCCUACGUGUCUUGCCAGCUACUUAUGGAUAAGUCGCAAAAAUGGAAGAUUUUCCAACUGAUAUACAUGGAUGAAUUUGGAAGGACAUAGAGAGAGAGAGAGAGAGACGCACACAGACAAUAGAAAAUGGCGACCUUUACCUUCCCUCGCUUUCAAAACGUUUUAUCUCAGCGACAACCUUCACACCACCACUCAAGUGUUGGGCCGCCUCAUCCGCCGAUCCGAAUCAAUUGCUCCGCUUCCAGGGAGGGUGAAAAAACAGAGGAAAGUUCAGCUACUUGGAGGGAAAUGAGGAAUGUGGCUUGUGGCAUUCUUGCUGCUUGGGCCGUGACUACUGUCUCCCCUGUAAUUGCUGCUAAUCAGGUCAGGCUCCCUCCUCUAUCAAAUGAGCCCAACCGGUGUGAGCGUGCAUUUGUCGGUAACACAAUAGGUCAAGCGAAUGGUGUUUAUGACAAGGCAAUUGAUCUCCGCUUUUGUGAUUAUACAAAUGACAAAUCCAAUCUCAAGGGAAAGUCUCUUUCUGCAGCACUCAUGUCAGAGGCCAAGUUUGAUGGUGCAGACAUGACGGAAGUUGUAAUGUCAAAGGCUUAUGCUGCUAAAGCUAGCUUCAAGGGUGUAGACUUCUCAAAUGCUGUUUUGGAUCGGGUUAAUUUCGCGAAAGCUAACCUCCAAGGAGCCGUGUUUAGGAAUGCUGUUCUGUCAGGUUCCACAUUUGACGAAGCUCAACUUGAAGAUGCCGUGUUCGAGGACACCAUCAUAGGCUACGAUGACCUUAAAAAGCUCUGUUUAAACACUACUAUCAGUCCUGAUGGAAGAGCUGAACUGGGAUGCCGAUGAACUGUUGCACUUUCUAAACUAUAGAAGAUUUAGGCUGCAAUGUUUUUGCAAUAAGUUGCUGAAAUUAUACUAAUAUAGUGAAAUAACUCUAUAUGGUGAAGGGGAAUUGAGAUUGGUUUUGGCCUUCGCUGUUUUGUACUGUAUUUUUGUAAGGUUUUCACUGAUUAUAUUCUCUCUCUGUACACAGAACAUUGCUUCUAAAACUGUUCAGUGGCUUGUUCGCAGAA